CGCGAGCGGGUCGCCCCGGGGGGAGGUGGGAAAGAGCCGUGCCAAGGCAGGCGCUGCUUCUGCAUCGCCCUGGGACCGAGCCGGGUGUCCCACGUCCCGUGUGGGUGCGGGACCUCGUCUCUGUUGUGAGCACACGGUCGGGAGGUCCCUUGGGUGCAAGGACUCGGCUGUGGCUCAGAUCUGCCUUGCUCUCCUUUGAAUGUACAUUCAUCUCCUCCAGCGUCUCAGGCAACGAACGAACAGCCGCUCACUAUCAGUGACUCUUGUACAGCCAUCCUGGGAAGGCCGGAGAGGGAGAUGACGACGCUAACGCACCGAGGACGGCGUGCUGAGGCAGGAAGGAACUCUGACAAGAAGCCUGACAGUGAGGAAGAUGCGGCUGCAGACAGAGACCUGAAUGACGAUGAUCCUGGCGACUUCAAAGAUAUCCACCUCACGCUCAUGGAGGAGGUGUUGCUCCUGGGGCUGAAGGACAAGGAGGGCUACACCUCCUUCUGGAAUGACUGCAUCUCUUCAGGCCUGCGAGGUGGUAUUCUCAUUGAGCUGGCUCUGCGCGGCCGGAUCCGCCUGGAGCCGCUCUCCAUCAGGAAGAAGAGACUGCUGGAGAGGAAGGUGAAGGUGCUCUUGAAGUCAGACGCGCCAACUGGUGAUGUCUUGCUGGAUGAGACCCUCCGACACAUCAAGGCCACGGAGUCUGCAGAAACGGUGCAGACCUGGAUAGAGCUGCUCACUGGGGAGACCUGGAACCCCUUCAAGCUGCAGUACCAGCUGAGGAACGUGCGUGAGCGCAUCGCCAAGGCGCUGGUGGAGAAGGGCAUCCUCACCACGGAGAAGCAGAACUUCCUGCUCUUCGACAUGACCACCCACCCUGUCAGCAAUGCCACCGAGAAGCAGCGCUUGGUGAAGAAGCUCCAGGAGAGCAUGCUGGAGCGGUGGGUGAACGACCCCCACCGCAUGGAACGCAGGACUCUGGCUCUCCUCGUGUUGGCCCACUCCUCAGAUGUACUGGAAAACGUUUUCGCCAGCCUGGCAGAUGACAAGUACGAUGUGGCAAUGAACAGGACCAAGGACCUCCUCGAUAUGGACCCUGAGGUGGAAGCUGCCAAAGCCAGGGGCGCAGAGAUGAUCUGGGCUGUCCUGGCAGCCUUCAAUAAGUCCUAAAAAGCCCCUGAACCCCCCAAACCAGCUGGGUGGCCUUACCCCCUCGAUGUGAGGCCAGGGGUAUAUGCGCAUGGAGUUCCUGCAGCAGCGGGUGGGCUCAGGUUGGGGGGACGAGGAGGUUUUGCUCUCCCGCCUGGACAGGGUUGGGAGAGUGAGAGUCCACCUGUGUGGGCAGGUCUUGCACUCCUCCAAAAACUGGUGCCUCUGGGGAGAGGUGGCUGUGCUUCUUCGCUCCCCUUCCAGUGCUCCUUGCCCAUGGGCUUCCUUCUCAGGCCAGUGCAGAGCUGGGAGGUGGCAGAGCUCAGCUCUGCCUCUGCGUGCGGGAAUCAAGCCACUCGGGCCAAACCCCAGCA